GGCAACUGAGAGUUCAAAGGCCAGACGUACACUUAAAUACUACUAUUGAAUUGAAUUGCAACCAAACAAACAAAAAAAUUAUAUUUCAAGGUAUGUUAAAAUAUGAUUUUACCCACAUUAUUAAGAUAAUUCAAGAUAACUGAUUACGGUAGUAUUACACUAAGUCAGCCUACCUAAGACAGUACAAUCACAGACGCGGUCAGUUUAUAUGAAAUUGUUUUAAAUAAGUUUAAGAAAAAUUGAAGUGUAAAAGUUAGUCAGUGUCAGGCUACUUACUUACUACUGAUGUAUUAUUAUUCAAAAUUAUUGUAUUCACAGUAGAAUAUAAGUUGCUAAUUGUUAUUGAUAUAAAUAAAAUAUGUAACAACAUAUUAAUAAUUGUGUGUUCAAGUGCAAACUUAACAAGUCCAAUUUUACUUUACGGAACAUUACCAUUGUUCAUUGUAAUUUUGUUGAAAAAGGGGGAAGAGGGGGGGGGGGGGGGGGGGGGGGGGGGGAGUGUUAUUCAAGGGACCUCAAAAUUUAGUUAGCCCCUAGUGUCAAAUCCUUGUUUCUACUAGAUUGGUUAAUUCAUCAGGUUCUCUCACUUGUUGUAAUAUGUUGUACAAGUGUUGAAUAAACUCAAGACCUUUAUAAAAAUAAAUACAACUUUUAUAUCUAAUUCUAAACGCAUACUGUAAACUCCAUACACACAUGAAUAGCGCAGCUCGCUAUCAGACAGAAAGAAAAUACAACCACCUUUCACAAAGUUCCAUUCACGACUGCCAGAGGAAGAAAACAUACGUCACAAAACAGACUAGACAAUACUCAUAAUGAGCAUUAUUAAUGAAUUAUUAAUGAACUCCCAUACUCAACAUAUCCCCUCUCUUCCAUUUUAGAUUUAACUCAAACUCAAGAAGUAAAAUCAACACCCACACAAAAAAUUCACAUAAACAUCAUCAAUUGGAAACCAUCAGAUAAAUGAAAUGGUCUGUACCAAACAAAAUUAUUUAGUAGCACUGAAAAUCUAACUAAAGUAUUGAUGCAUUACAAUCAAUAACUUCAAUUAUUUGUACAUUGUACAUAAUUUAAUUACAAUUCAAGAGUUAAAAAUGCAUGUACAACACUAUAAAAAGGAAAUCAGAGCAAUUAAUUUCAACAUUAAAAAUUCCUUUUUAUAGCAAUGAAAUUAUACAAUAAAAUAAUUCCCUUUAUAUCUUCCCAUCUCAGGGCAAUUACAUCAAUAUCCAUUUUGAAUUUGUAAUAAUAACUGACAUUAUCAUAUCAUUAGUGUGUAUUAAAAAAUCAUUGACAGUCACUGCGAAAAAUACAUAAGUACCUUACAUUAUUACAGGUGAGAGAUUACUCACCACAAUAUAAGCAGCCUUUAUUUGGUCUUAUAUGACACAUGUACAGAUGGCAGGACAUUUCUUCUAUCCGUGGAUUUCACAACUUUAUGCUUCACCAUGUUAAUUAUCAUUUGAAAUCCUUCUUGCUGGUCUUUUGACACUUAGUCACAACUCAUAUGGAACUUCAGUUUUAUAAUACAUAUGUUUAAAUUUUUACAAAAUGAAAAAUGAGUCUCAUCAAAAAAUUCAUACAAAUCAAAAACUUCAGAGCAAUCAGGGUCAUAGCUCAUUUUAACAGAUUCAUUUUUAACAAUAAAAAAAAAAAUUCACCUCCCUACUCAUAUACUUGAAAAUUCACCUCCUCUACAAAAUCAUAAACCAAUGCACCUUAGAGCUGGCAGCACUCUCUUUUUAACCAAUUGAAAAUUUGUUUCCAUCCUAAUGUCAGAGCACUCCUGGCUCUCAAAAUCUGGACAACCUUCACUCACAUUACUUGGUGAUUUAUUUCAUUACAGCUCUCUGUAACAAAAUGAACAUAUGAGCAGCCCUGGCUCACAUUAUCUAGUGGUUUCUUUUCAUUAUAGCUCUUUGUAAAAAAAAAUCAAUAUUGAAGCAAACCUUGCUCAUAUUAACUGACGAUUCAUUUGCAUUACAGUUCUCUGCAUUAAUAUCAACAUUUAAUCAAACCUUGCUAACAUUAUCUAAGGAUUUAUUUUCAUUACAGCUCUCUGCAAUAAAAACAACAUUUGAGCAAAGCUUGCUCACAUUACCCACCAAUUCAUAUUUAUUACAUAUCUCUGUAAUAAUAACAUUUGAGCAACUUUUGCUCACAUUAUCUAGUGACUCAUUUACAUCACAUAAUGUAUCAACUACAUUUUUCUCUCCUUCCCCCACCUCAGUGAUUGCACUCACCUCUUCAACUUCACAAAAAAAAUCAGAAAAUUCAACUCCAGGACUUACAUUAUCUGAUGGCUCAUGAGAUACAGCAAAAAUCAUGUCCUUAUACUUUACAUCAGGGUUCUCUUUGCUUUCAAAGCAAGCCAUUUCAAUAACUAUCAAUUCAUUACAAACUGUGGCGCUUGGACGAUCCCCUUCAUACGUCCACCUAAGGUCAUGUCCAAUGACCUCUACCUUAUUAAAUGUGUGACCCAUUUCUUCUUUUGACGGGACUCCCUGGGAUAAACUUUCAACUUCAACCUCGUGCUUGCAGUAACCUGACCACUUCUCAAAUAAAUCUAAAUCUAUGUUAUUCGUCAUGGGCGUUAUGUCAGCACUGUCCACGCUGUCCAGUUUAACAUUAACUGACAGAAUUUUGUGGUCAAGGUGCUCUAACUGAUUUAUUAUGUGGCAAAAGUUAAUCUAAAUUAGACAUUUGAAAGUACAGGACUGAAACUCGUGCAUCUUAAACAUAAUAUAUAUAAUUAUAAUUAUAUGCCUUUGUCAAUGGUGCAUAGCUGCAGCCUCCACAUAUUCCUAGUAUAAUUUUUUCUCAGUCAAGAGACUCAUUUCCCAUAACAAAUUAAUUAUUUUAGAAGUGUACGCUGACUUUCUCUGUUUAAAAUCAAUUUCAGAUCUUAUUCUGCAAUUCUGUGGCAGUUGGUUUUAUAAACAUUUCAGCCAUGGUUGAUUACAGAGUAGAGGACCAGUUUGCAAUUCUUGAAAUAAAUAAUCCCCCUGUCAAUGCAUUAAGGUAUGCAAGAAAUUUUUUUUUUCAAUCUUGUUUUUAAUUUUAAAUCUAGUUACUUUUUGAAUUGAAUGUUUCUUCCAGUUUAAGCUAUUAAAUUUAUUUAAUUUCUUGUUUUGAUAAUAAUAAAUUGAAUAGCUUAAACUUUAAGCAACAUUUAGUUCAACAGUUGAAGCAACUACCUUUAAUUUAAAUGAAAAUACACUUUUGAAUGAGAACCUCAUACUUAAGAGUUAAGAUUAGAGAGGAAUUUGUUUAAAUUAAAAUUUUAGUUAUAACCCGCAAACAUUGCAUAGUUAUAUAGUUUUACCAGAACUGACAUGCAAGGUUUAAAUUUUGGACUAAAUUAAUUUUACAAAAGUUUUGCAUCAAUCUUACUUAUGGUGCUUACAUUGAUGUAUUCCAAGAUUAAAAUCUUCAAUAAUGUAUAUAAGCACUGUAAACCACAUUAUGUAGAUUGAUUGCAUGACAUUUUAUUACAUUAUUACAUUAAAUUGAAGCCCAAAUUUUAUCACUUUAGGUCAUCACGAUAUUGUAAUUUAAUGAAGAAUUCUAGGAUAAGCUUAACUUAAACUGAUAAUAAUUAAUGUGCAAUAUUUUAUCACUUUAUUUUAUUUUUCUAUUAUUCUAGUCUGCAUGUAAGGGAAGGUUUGUUAAAUGGUGUACUGAGAGCAUCAGCAGACAACAAUGUGAAGGCCAUCAUACUAAUUGGAAAAGGGAAAACAUUUCCAUCUGGAGCAGAUAUCAAAGAGUUCUCUAGACCAGGAAAAGGUUAUUUUUAUAUUAAAUUUAAGACUUGAAUAUUCAAGCUUCUCUUUUUUAAAAUUUUUGUUAAAUACACCUUUAGUAGUUCUCUGGCCUAUUUUUAUAUGUUUUGUGUGUUUUACCAAUAGUGGGAAGGUAGUUCAGAGUUAUUUUUAUUGCUAAAAUGAAAUGUUCCAAUUUUUUUGUUUGUUAAGGGACCCAGCCCGAAUUCAGAAAACUAGGAUAAUUCUAAAAUCAGUGGUGUACACACUAUUUGAUAGAAACUAUAUUUAUAUAUUUAUAAAUUCAUAUUUAUCUAUGUAUAUUUCUUUUCACUAGCCCCUUGGCUACCAGAGGUUGGUCACACUAUAGAGUCAAGCAAUAAACCAGUUUUCAGUGCUCUGCAUGGAACAGCAUUAGGAGGCGGCCUUGAGAUUGCAUUAUUUUCUCAUUAUAGGAUUGCUGAAAAGACUGCCAAGUAAUUCAAGAAACAGAUGAUGUCCUAAUUGUUUUUUUUUUAAUACACCUUUUUAAAAUACUGACUCUUGUUUCUUGCUUUCAUCAGAUUUUUACUGCAUUCAAGAGAUCUGUUUGGUUAUAUAGAGAGAUGUAAUAAAUAUUAAUGAGUGCUGUUAUGGUAUUCUUUAUGAUAAAAACAAUGUUCUACGUACUACAUAUGAGAAAUCACUCAUGCAUUAAAAUUAUUCUGCGUCCAGGGUUGGUUUUCCUGAAGUUCAUCUGGGUUUACUACCUGGGGCUGAAGGAACUAUCCGUCUUCCACGAUUGACUGGAUUGGUUAUCGCAAUGGAAAUGAUAACUUCAGGUCGACAAGUCAGUGCAAAAGAGGCAUUAAAGUUUGGAAUUGUAGAUAAGGUAUCGGUUUUCAUUUUUUCAUUUUUUAAAUAAGAAAAAACUAAAAAUGUUCUUUUAAAACCACCUUUUCAUUUAUUUUCGACAACAUACACCCUUACCUCAUCCCCACUUAACCUUAAUAGUAUAGAUUUAUAACUAAAAUUGUUUUUUCAUGAAAUUAUGGUAAAAUCGUACAAACUUUAUAUAAUUAUUUUCGUUUUUUAAAGUUUGUAAUUAAUUAAAAAUAAAUGCAGUAAAAUAAGUCAAAGGGAUGUUCAAGCAUAAUUGUGAUAAUUUUGGUGUAGGAGCUGUGGGUGGGGGAAGGAACCAAGUGAAAAAUGGUUCCUAACACCAUAAUGCACAACUUUAAAUAAACUGUUAUUUUAGUUUAUUAAAAUUAUUAUAAAUGAUAAUAACAAGUUUUUGUUGAAUAAGGUUGUUGAAGGAAAUCUCCUGAAAGAAACAAAAGCUUUUGCUAAAUCUGUGUUAGGUCAACCACUGGAACCCAGGAAACUCAGCUUGUGUGGUGUCAAAGAUGCAGACCAAGUGGACAAAUAUUAUGAAGGUAUACAAAUUGUGAAACUUUCUGGAAAGUGGUCUGUUUGUGGAAUGUGGAAAUUUAUAAAUAAAACUUUAAACUGCAAUAUUUCUUGAUAAAAACAGAAGAGUGCAGUUGCAUUUAUUAUUGGCCUGCCAGUGCAGAGUAAGAGUUCAGUUGCAUUUAUUAUUGGCCUGCCAGUGCAGAACAUUAAAAAUGAUCCCUAAUCUGUCAAAAUGUUAAAAUAAUUUAUUUAAAAAUUUUUUUUAAAUUAAUUUUUCUAAGGAAAAAUAUAUAUUUUUGUCAAUCCAUGAACAACAGUUAUAUAAAUAAAAGAAUUAAAUUCAUUAGAGAUAUGUGUUAAAGACAUAACUAUUCAAUUGAUAUCUGUUUUAGCUGCAUUAAAAGAACUGCUUAAAAAGUACAGAGGAGUCAUUGCACCAGUGGUAACUGAUAUAUUUAUCUCUUCUAGAAUGAUUAAUCCUACUAAUUUUAGUUGUAAUUUAUGAAUAUUGGCGUAAAGUGAUAAUAUUUUAUUUCCAUAGCUUUUGGAUAACAUAUGAGUCUUAUAUUUUUACCUGACUAUAUACAAAUUAUUACCAUGUCAGUAAUUUUGUAUGAUUUUAAAAUGUCUGCACAACAGCAAAAUCUUUGUUAAGAAUGUAAUUUGCUGCAUUUGUUCACUCUAGAGUUGUUUAAAGUCUAUCCGAGGCUCUGCACAGUUACCGUAUAAGGAAGCUGCUGAACUUGAAAGAACUUUGUUUUCAGAAUUGAUGUCAGGGGCUCAGUCAGCGGCACUGAGAUAUUCCUUCUUUGCUGAAAGGGCAGCUUCAAGAGUACGUACUAUCCUCAUCCUCUGUACUUAACUUUAUUUAUAUUACUAUAAGAUGUAUUUAUAUAUUACUAUAAAAUGGUUUCAGUAAAUGUCUAAUGCUAGAAGUCUUGUUUACAUGUAACCAUUGGCUACUGGCUGCCAGGGUGAUGUCAUAAACAUAACAGUAUAAUGUUCAGUUUGGCCAAUUCUAUCACUUCAAUGAAAAACAUUGUGUAGUUGGCUGAUCCCUUGAAUGAAUGAAAUAGUAAGGAGAACAACACAAGACAAUCACAAGAAUGUUUUGGCUGAAAGCCUUCAUCAGCAAACAAAAAAAUGAAAACAAAGAGAAUAAAAUCAGACUCGGUUUGACAGAAAGUUAUUCAAAUCUAACAUGUUAUUGUUACUAAGGAAACAUUUUAAGAAUUUUGGGGAUGAGGUUAACAGGAAAUAAAAUAAUGAAAUUAAAUGGAACACAACAGAAUGUGCAGUUAUGCUGAUUCUAUACAAAAAAUAAUAUGAUGUUGAAGCACCCAAUAGACCAAAACCAAAACUGCUACUUUAUGUCUUUGGCGUGAUUUUGAUAUUUAAAUGCUAAUUACAGAAAAUCUUAAUAGGACAGCCUUUGACUAACAACAAAAACACUAAGGUUUUUACAGAAAUCAAUAAGUGCCCAUACAAUAAAAAAUAAUAUCUAUUUAUUUGGAUCAAUUAAAAAAACCUCAUCUUAUCUUAUCGUGAGCCCUGUUAACUUUAAGCUAAUGCCCCAAAAUUAUUACUGUUAGAAGUGCAACAUUUGGUACAAAGCAAAUACUGUUAUAUGUUUUUAAAAAAACAAAUGACGAAUUUUAAAAAAGUUGAUAUUUUUUGGUUUCUUCAGUGGAAUCUGCCGAAUGGUGCAAGUUCAGCUAAUUCCAAGCCAUUAACUAUUAAGUCUGCUGCAGUUAUUGGUGCUGGUACCAUGGGUUCAGGAAUAGCCAUUUGUCUCAUUAGAUCUGGAAUUCCUGUCAUUCUUGUUGAGCAGAAUGAAAAGGUAUAAAUGUUAUUUUUUUGGUCUUUGCCACCUAUUGUAUUUGGGAAAAAAAUCUUAAAAUAGAAAUAAUUCUUCUUUAAAAACUAUAUCAAAACAUUAUAAAGUGCUCUUUUUUUAGAUAUAUGAGACUUCAUUUAAUAAUUAUAAAACUAGAAUUUAGAUAUCUAUUUUUUAAAAUGUCUUCCUAUCUAUGGCUAUAAUUUAUUCUAAAAUUAAAUAAAUGUUGCAUGACAUUCUAAAAUUAAAGUAAAAUCAGAAUAAAUUCAGAAUCUGUACAUGAUUACAUUAUUUUCAGAUGUUAGAAAAUGCUUUGAGAAAUAUUGGUUACAUUCUCCAAGGCAGUGUGAAACUUGGUCGAAUGACAGUUGAUCAAAGAAGUGACUGUCUACGCAUCUUACAAGGAGCUGCGAGCAUAGAAAAACUAAAGGAUGUUGACAUUGUAAUCUACUAUCGCCUAUUUAACAAUAAAAUGAUGUUAGAUUUGUAUAAAUGCAACAUCAUUACUGCACAUUGCUCUUAACCUUUUAUAUCUUUUAAGAUCAUGUCAAAUUAUGUCACCAAAAUAUAAAAUAAUAUAAAAAUAUAUCAGUUUUUGUAAUGAACUUUUUAAGUAUUCUAUUAGUUCUGUUGUUUGUCUAAACAUUAAGUUUAAGUAGGAUAUUAUUGCUUAAAACACUUAAGUUUAAUUCUCAACUACAGAACUUAUUAUCUUAUGUUCCUAGCAAGAGCAAUUGGCUGCAAAAGGCUUUAUAUAUAUUAUCUCUCAAUGUAGUGAUUUGUUUUUGUUUGUUAAUAAAAAUUAAAUUACGUAAUGUAGUUCUCAUAUUUCUUUUGAUAACUAGGUCAUAGAGGCAGUUUAUGAAAAUUUGAAACUGAAGCAAGAAAUAUUUGAAAAGUUGGAUAAAAUAUGCAAGCCCACAGCACUUCUUUGUUCCAACACUUCAACACUUGAUAUUGACUUGGUAAGUCAAUCAUUCAAAGAGCAGGCUUUUUUUUUUAUAGUUUGAAAAAGAACUUUCUAUUCUAUCUCUAGUCAAUACUUAUGUAAUGCCUGGUUGAAUAAGUUAAAAAUAUAUAUUCUCCAUAAUCAAGUCUGUUGUGCAAACAAAAAAACAAGGUCCCCAUGGUAAAAAUCAGAGUUUAAAAAAAUCCUUCUUUGGUUUACUUAUUAAAAAUAGACACUGCUAAUCUGUUGACUCUGAAAUUAAGAUAAGAUAAGAUUCUUUUAUGGAUACAUACAAAUGGAAAUGUUUUUUAAUUACAUCGUACAUAUUCAUUUUCAGCACAUAAAUAAAUGCAUAUUUUAACCAAGAUAAAAAUUUAGAGCAAUUUGAACAAAAGACAUCUAAAGUAUUUCUUUAGCAUAAUUAUAAUUAAAUAAGUAAAUAGUCUAAACUUACAGUUUUUUAUAAAGAAAUAAAUUUAGUUAAAAUCAGUCGUCAGGUUAUGUUUCCAAAGUUUAAUUAUUAUAACUGAACUUAUAUUUUCCAUGUUUGGGUGCAGUGACGGCAGAAUUGACCAUGGAUGAGCUCUACUUAUAUUUAAAAUGUUGAGUGUAUGGGAGGAAGUGUUGAAAUAAUGUACAUUAUCAUAUAUACAGUGGAACCCCGCUAUAACGCGCCCCGCCAUAACGCGAAUUCGGAUAUAACGCGGUCGUAGCAUGGCUCCCGAGAUUUGAAAUUCAUUUACUCCAUCAGGCCUAAGUUCUUUGAAAAUUGUAUCCAUUGCUUGGAUAGCCAUUUUUUAAAGCGAAAAAAAAUCACAAAUUUUCAAAAUAUCUUAGAAAAUGAGUCCCUAAACGCACCACGUUCAAACUAGUAUCAAAAUUAAUGCCGAAAACGAGGCUUUCUUCGGGUAGAACUAUAAAUAGUAAUACGUAAGGAAAUAAGUUAAAUAUUGUAAAACCACGCAUUAACGCAACCCCACUUUUAACGCGAUCCAAUUUUAUGGACCCCGAUCAUCGCGUUAUAGAGGGGUUCCACUGUACUAAUAUUUUCAAAUCAUUUUAUUACAGUAGGUCUAAUAAGUUAUGCAAGUAACCUAACAAAUUUAAUUCAUUGUGAACUAGAUCGCCUCAGUUACAUCUAAGCCCGAUAGAGUUGCAGGAACCCACUUUUUUGCUCCAGCUUAUAUCAUGAAACUGUUGGAAAAUAUCUAUGGCUCCAAGACUUCACCUAUCACAGUGGCAACUAUAAUGGAUUUGGGGAAAAAAAUUGGAAAAGUGGGUUCAUUUACUCAUAGUAUUUCUUUUUAUUGCAAUUUUUUUAAAAAUAUUAAGUGAAUUAACAUCUUUUUUUUCCUCUUGGCUUUUUUUUUUUUUUAAAACUUUUUUUAAAAAUUUCCUUAUUAUCAUUUCGAAUUAUUUGAUAUACCGUUAACUAAAUUUUCUUUUUCAGAAAUUUGCCUAUAAAAGAGAAAUUGAUUUUUUUUACUUUUUGGAAAAGUGGGUUCAUUUACUCAUAGUAUUUCUUUUUAUUGCAAUUUUUUUAAAAAUAUUAAGUGAAUUAACAUCUUUUUUUUCCUCUUGGCUUUUUUUUUUUUUUAAAACUUCUUUUAAAAAUUUCCUUAUUAUCAUUUCGAAUUAUUUGAUAUACCGGUAACUAAAUUUUCGUUCUCAGAAAUGUGCCUAUAAAAGAGAAAUUGAUUUUUUUUACUUUAAUGAAGUGUUUCAUUUAUUAUUACUCGUUACUCAGAUUUCAGUACUUUCAAAGACCUGUGAUGGUUUUAUUGCAAACAGAAUGAAUAAAAUCGGCACAGAAGUGAGUGUAAUGCUUUAUGAAUUAUAAAAUGGGAACCAAUUGUUAAAUUAAAAAUGUUUGAACAUUAGAGUUUUAUUUUAUAGCAGAAAGACUUUGUUUAUUUCUCAUAUUUUGCCCUCUCAUGUUCAUUUCAAAAUAUGGCUGUUAACUCUAGUUAAAGAAGACUACUUUGAAAGUUAAAUAAGACAAGAUAAGACAAUUACUAUAGACAAUAUGUUCUGUGCUGUUCCUUAGACUAAACUAAUAUUUUUCAAAUUUCAAUAAAAAGGCUGCCUUCUUAGUGGAAGAAGGUGCUUUACCCCAUGACAUUGAUCAAGUCUUAGAGGACUUUGGAAUGCCAAUGGGGGUCUUUAAAGUUUCUGACUUAUCUGGUAACUUGAACAUGAUCUUUUGGUUAAGUAAGAAUAGAAAUACACAUAAAGAAUUUCAAUAACUUAAGCUUCUUUGUAGUUAAUUGCUAAAUUGUUUUUGAAAGUGCAACUUUGCAUUUGGUAACUUGAACAUGAUCUUUAGGUAAAAUAAGAAUAGAAAUACACAUAAAGAAUUUCAAUAACUUAAGCUUCUUUGUAGUUAAUUGCUAAAUUGUUUUUGAUAGUGCAACUUUACAUUUGGUAACUUGAACAUGAUCUUUAGGUUAAAUAAGAAUAGAAAUACACAUAAAGAAUUUCAAUAACUUAAGCUUCUUUGUAGUUAAUUGCUAAAUUGUUUUUGAAAGUGCAACUUUACAUUUAUUACUUCUCCUGAAAGCAAAAAAGAAUGUUUAAAUUACUUCACUGUGGUUCAAUGUUGAAAUUACUUUUGAAAAAUAGAUUAAAGUUCUUUUUUUAGCCAUUUAACUCACAUGACGUGGUUCUAAUAUGAUGUGGUGUGUAUUACAUGAUGUGUUGCGUAGUUAUUUUUUCAGUUACAAUUUUCAAUAUCAAAUCACUUGAUUAAAUACUUUCUCUACAGGAAUAGACAUUGGUUGGAGUAUAAGGCAGGAAAUGGCUAAAAAACAAGGAAUAACCCUUACACUGGAAACACACUACGUAAGCGGAGAACGUUACAGUUCUCUAGCAGAUCGUCUGUAUAAUUUGGGCAGACUUGGUCUUAAAACAGGUUAUAGUUUACUCUAUCCUAUUAACUCAUUUUGUUUAAUAUGAAAAGAUCAAUUUAGUUAAAUUAGUCUAAGUGAGAAAUUUCAUGUCGUUUUCAUAUUACAUAAAAGUAUAAACUGUAACAUCUACAAAUUAUGUUUAAAAAAUGAUAUUCUAUAUAGAUGAAAGUAAUGUGCUAACGUCUUCAAUAUGACACUGAAAAAAUGUGGGGCUCAACCUGUCAAAAUGUUGAGCCUGAUUUUACUUCUCUGGUAUUCUGGAGUGCUAACACCACCACCCAAACCCUCCCACGAAUGAAAAUAAGUGCCCAUAAAAUGAGCUUAUUAUGCAGAAGUAUAAAGUAAAGUAAUGUGUUAUUUAAAUAAUGCAUUAAAGAUAUUUUAAACUACUUUAACAUUAAAUUUUAACUUGUUGUCCUAUGAAUUGUUCAUCUACCAACACCAUAAGACAGUUUAGUUAAGUCUAUUACGUAGCCUUUGUUUUAAUGUUGUGUUUUUAAUUGAAUUGCCAUGCAGGUAAAGGCUGGUACAGAUAUAAUAAUGCUUCCAACUCAAGGAAACCUAUAAUUGAUCCUGAUGUGACUGAUAUGAUUUUGAAUCACUGUGAAAAGCUUAGAAUAAAGAGGAGACAAAUCUCACCUCAAGUAAAUAGAUAAAAUUUAGUUCUUUAACCAUUAUCCUGCUGCAGGUCUUUCAAACUAUAUAGCCUACAUUUCCUUUUUGUGGGACAGAGCAUUGCAAAUUAAAAUUGUUCCUUCUGUCAUAUUUAAAAUUCUCUAAAGCUUCUUUACUUUAUAAAGAUUAAUUAUUAAUGUAUAUUUAUGUAUCUUACCAUGUAUCUUACUUUAUGAAGAUUAAUUAAUAAUGUUUAUUUAUAUAUCAGGAAAAUAAAUUGAAGAGCUUUAAAAAAAAAUUUAGAAUAUGCUAAUUUUUAUCAACAAUUUUGAAGAUCAAAACAGAAAAGUGAAAACAAAAAAUGUAUACAUUCCUGGUAGUUGUUAUCUUAAAUAACAUCUAGUUUAUGGGUUGUAUAUAGACCUGUGACUGAGUCUUAUAUAGACCUGUGACUGGGUCUUUUCUUUAUCAAUAUGAUCAGAUCUUACUGUGACUACAGGGUUUUUUUUAAUUGACAAUUUUUGUGCUGUUUAUAUUUUUUUUCUGAAUCUUUGUCAAUAAAUGGAAAGAACAAAGUGCUGAUAAGUGCCAAUACUGCAUCAAGUAAUCCAUGACAUUUUCACCACUAAUCUAAACUGGUUUUUUUUUAUGAUUAGGAAAUUAGAUGUAGAAAUUAUGUUACAAUUUUUUCAAAGCAUUUUAUAUCAUGAAAAUCAUGUCAUGGUUGUAAAAAAAAGCAAGAAUCAACACUUCUCAAUAUUGAAAGAGUUGAUAAGGCAAUGAAAGUAUAAAUAUAUCAAUUAUAUUUUUGAAAGUUUAGUAUGAAUCUAAACCUUUAGUUAAUUAUUUUUUCAGUUUAAGUUUAAGCAGAACAGUAAUCCUAACAACCAAGUUUAAGGAUGUUUAAUAUAAAGGCAGUUUUCAAACUAAAGUAAUAAUGCCGUAAUAAUUAAAACUUUUCUUCAGGAGAUUAUUGAGCGGUGCCUCUAUGCCACUGUUAAUGAAGGAUUCAAAAUUCUGGAAGAAGGUGUAGCAGAAAAGCCAGAGGACAUUGAUAUUGUUUGGUGAGUUUAGUCCCUUAGAUACUUAGUGGUAUGGGAGAGAAAGAAAUGAAAUGUCAUAUGUUAAGAUAAUGCGAAUGUUAUGGUCCGACGGUUAAUAAUUGGACAAGAAUUUAAUUUUCAGCGCGCACUUAAGCAUCAUUCAUUUAUAUUGCAAGUGUUUUAGAUGUUAAGAAUUAACUGCUUACAUGCAAUAAUUUGAAUCAACUUUCUAUUCUGGUGUGAUUAGAAAUCAGGGCUCAAUUUAGAGUACCGGUAAUAGUGAAUACAGUAGAAUGUCAACUUUCCAAACGCUGAUUAUCCGGAAUGCCAGUUAUCCAAACUUUCGUCUCUUUUCUAACAAAUAAGUUUCAGUCUUCACCAGAGUUUGACACACUGUUGCUUAUUUCUGUCCUUAGUUGCAAGUGAAUGAGUAUUUAACCAAGUCUAUCUUCCCUACAUUGUUAUCAAAAUAAACUCAUAUCAAGUCCAACAUUGACCAUCUCAAAUUAUGGUAAUUUCCAGUCCUGUAGCUGCUGAAUGUUUUACAACUUUGAUAUGAUGAAUAAAAAUAUGUCUUGAGGAUCUUCUUCUGAAAGAAAUUCAGGAUGCCAUAAUUAAUCCAUUGUCAAAUGUUUAGGCAUUUGGUGUAGUGGAGAAGCUAAUUCAGAUAAAAAUGAUGAUGUGAGGAGGCAAAAGUUGAACAAAUUUAUACAACAAACAGUUUGGCUAAAGGAGCAAUAUUUCUAUUACUAUCCUGCACAGUGUAAAAUAGUAAGCUCAUUGUUGCAUUCCAGCUUUGUUUUAGAUGGAAUUUGGUUUAGUGGGAAAUUCCAAAAUUUUAAUUCAUUUCUGGAUUAAUUAAAGUUGUCUUUUGAUUAAAUGUUACACUUUUAAAUUUUAUUGUUUUGUUAUCUUUUAUAGAAAUAGAGUGUUGUGCAACUACUAAUCUGAGCAUGUUUAUAACGGGGUAAGGCAGGGAGGUGCUGCGGAUGAUUUUAUGGAGCUCAGGGUGGGUGGCUAGAAAAAUGUUGAGAACCUAUGCCAUGCAUAAUUUUAAUCUAACUGGUACCUUUAUUUUACAGGCAAUAUGGCUUCUCCUUCCCACGUUACAGAGGAGGACCCAUGUUUUAUGCCAGUCAAGUCGGCCUGAAGAAAGUCUAUGAACGUAUUUGUUAUUAUCAUGAAUCUUUCCGUAAGUAAACUUUUAAGUCCAUUUUCUUUCGGCCAUUAAGUUUAAGAAACAAGAAAUAAUGUAGUAGAAGUGGAAACAUCAAAUUAAACUAACAAAAUUUUGUUUAUUAUAAACCUCCCACUUUUCAAUGCAGUGAGCAUAUUCGGUAAAAUUAUGAAAAUGGAAAGCCUUUGCCUAUUGCCUGUAAAUCUAUUGAAAGAAUCAUUGCCAAUCAGACUUUGGAAUUAGGAAUUACAGUUGUCAGUGCCUAAUAAGGGGUGAAAAAAUAGAAAUUUGAUGCCAACCACCUUUUCCCUGGAAAAUAUGAAGCUGAAACAAGAAGCCAAACUGCUAAACCAUUGCUGUGUUGGCUAGUCCCAGCAAUGUCAGUACAAAUAGGCCUAAUGUUUAUUUAAUAUUUAAUACCAAAUAACCUUAAUAUUUUUUAUUUAAUUUCACUGAAAAAUUGUUUUCUUUUUUAUUAGCUUACUCCAAGCACUGGCUCCCAAGUGAUUUGUUAAAGAAACUUGUCAGCCACCCAAAUGAAGUUCCCAUUAACUUAUGGAUGAACUAUACAAAUAGCAAACUGUAAAUAGAAAUCAUUUCUCAAUCAUUUCUCUACAACAUUACAGAGGACAACCUGAAGUGGAUGUCAAUCAUUAAAUCAGAAGUGUUUAUUCGCUUUCUUCAAUAAUAUUUAUAUGUGGUAUUAAAGAGAGAAAUAAAAUUAUGAUAUUGGUAAGUACUGGUACACAAGUACUGGUACACAAAAAAACUUUAAAAACUUUUUUCUUUAUGUAUGCAAUAAAAGGCUAUCAAAAAGUCAUAUUACCUUUAAGACAGAUAAUUCAUUUUCUUUUAAUCUCUCAGUGUGUGAAACUAUUAUUCUUUUUCUGCUAUAUAAAUAAUAUAAGAACAUACAGUAAUCAAUCAUUUUCAGACUUUCAUCAGUAAUUAUUGGAUUUAAAGCUAUAAACUAUAUUAAUCUGAAACCUUGUUUGUUUAUAUUGAUUUUUUUUUAAAUUGUCUAGGUACCUUACUUUUACACAUAAAAUUAAUUUCUGGGGGGGGGGGGGGGUUGGAGAGCAUUGGUCCAAAUCAACCCCAUUAUGUAAAUUUAAUAAAUUUUAAAAUCAUAAUUUUUUUUGUUCCUUGUUAAAAAGGAGAGGUUAGUAAAUGACUAUCCAUGGUGACAAGUUUAUUCCAAAUACGGGUACAAUGUUUUCCAGUUUCCACCAUAUUUUUUUGAUUGCACCAUAUGCAUGGAAUUACAUCAUUUUUAUAGUAAAAUCUCUGGUUUCUCACCUAAAACCUGAAUGAUAAUGUUAUAUGUUUGAUGCAAUUAACUAUACUUUUUUUAUCAAAUGUAUUUAGAUUAUUUUUUUUUGUAGUUCAGGAAAUGGGUUAAAUAAUAAAUAAGAUGUUUGAGAUAAUCAGAUGUUGAGAUAUUAACAGUUGAAAAUUAAAGAUUUCAAAAUAAUUCU